GUGUUGAGUGUGCAUGAUGGCGUGUGGUGGGUGAGACUAGGGAGGACGGGGGCCCCGAGUGUGGCGGCGGAGGAGGAGCGUCGAGCGUCUUUGUGGUGACGGUGAUGACCAUCACCAUGUUAAUCAGUGGCAGUGCAGGCUGGCCAGGCACCGUCCACGUCUCCUGGUGACUCGUCCAUCACUCCCCAUCACUACACCUGUGCCGCAGCUGUGCUCAUGGAGGGAGUACGCUAUAGGAAGUUAGGAGGUGACAUGGGAGUGUCUGCAAAUGGUAUUCAGUCAUCAGGCAAAAUGCAUGCCCCUUUUCGUUUGAUGCGACUUCUUUUUUAUGGAGUAGUUUUCAGCCUCACAACCCUCAUCAUUUUAGUAACUUUAAACAACACUUGGCCCAUGAAGAGUGUUGGUCAUAAUACCAACUCCCUUGACCAUGUGUCGGUGGCGUUGGGUGUACAGGAGAGGGUCCACGCUGUCAUUAUUGAUGCAGGCUCAACUGGCUCACGUGUCCUGGCUUUCACUUUCUUUAAAAGCCUUACAGGUGGAGUGUGUGAGAAGACAACAGUGGCCAAAGGACCACUUAGCUUCAUCGAAAAUAACUCUUCCUGUGAUAGCUCUUUAAAGCUGGAUGACGAACUCUGGCAUGAAGUGAAACCGGGCCUCUCGAGUUAUGCAGAUGAUCCUAUUGAGGGAGCUAAGUCAUUGCUGCCUUUGCUGGAGCUUGCUAAAAGUAGCAUUCCUCCUCAAAACUGGGCUUCCACUCCCUUGGUUUUGAAAGCUACAGCAGGACUCAGACUUUUGCCCAAUGAAAAAGCUGAGGCACUUUUAAUGGAGGUUAGAAAGUUGCUGGACUCAUCUGGGUUCCAUACAACAGAGAACUCGGUAGGCAUCAUGGAUGGGCGUGAUGAAGGAAUUUUCUCCUGGUUUACUGUUAAUUACCUUAUGGAUCGUGUUAGUGGUGACCCUAGAGACACUUUAGUGGCUCUUGACCUGGGAGGUGGAUCCACUCAAAUUACCUUUGUGCCUGUUGAGGAUGAGACUGUUAAGAAGACUCCAGAGGAAUACCUUACCUCCAUCUCUCUCCUCCAUAAAAAUCUUAACCUUUACACACACAGCUACUUGGGGCUAGGACUGAUGGCUGCCCGGGCAUCUGUUCUGCUGCAGCACAAGGGGGAAGACGGCAUUAUCCGCUCACCUUGCAUUAAUCCAAUCAUCGACCACCAGUGGACUUACGGAGGAGAAACUUAUACAAUCAGAGGCCCAGAAGAGGCCAAAUAUCAAGAGAUACAUGGGCAAGCAGGUCGCUUAAGUGAGAACCGUCCUGUUGCUGAUCAUGCAAGUUGUGUAAAAGCUUGUGUUCAAGUGAUCAGUGAUAAGGUACAUGCACCCCACGAGUUGAAAGGCAGAGAGGUGAUCGCUUUCAGCUACUUCUUUGAUAGAGCCACAGAGAGAGGUCUCAUAGAUCCAUUUAAAGGAGGAGAGUUAACCAUACAGGAAUUCCUCAAUGCUGCUGUUCAAACUUGCAACAUUCCCAAUGUGGAGCAGCCACUGGCAUGCCUGGACCUCACAUUCAUCAGUUCAUUCCUCACCACUGGCUAUGGACUAAAGGGUGACACCACUAUAAAACUUUACAAGAAGAUUGACAAUUAUGAAGUCAGCUGGGGACUAGGUUUAGCAUUCCAUGUGAUCAAUAAUGGAAUAUGAGGUAAAUGAAUUUUAGCAUUCCAUGUGAUCAAUAAUGGAAUAUGAGGUAAAUGAAUUUUAUAUCACAUGUUCUUUUUAUUGAACACUUGAUAUUUUAAUAAAGCUUAAGUAGUUGUGCCUGAACAAAUGUACAAUCUGUUUGUCCCCUUUUCAACUUGAGUUCAGUCUCAUCUUCUGUGGUAGAACCAGUGCACCAAACUAAACAAUCAUUCUUAUUUUGUGCUCAGUAGAACAAUAUUAUUCAAGACUUGCACUUUGAUUGUGUUUCAUAACUGUACAAACUAAACCAGCAAUUAUAUCAAAAGUAGAACAUCUGUGUUCAACUGUUGACGUAUACAUAUUGUGUAUUGUGUUUCCCCGAGCCUCGGCAUGUACUUGUCAAAGUUUGCUGAUACAAAUGAAGUGUGUUAGUGAGUUUCUACCUGAAUACAGUUAUAUGUAGAGGUAUUACAGGCAUCCCUGUUAAGAUGAUAAUUACACACUGAACAAAAAAUUGUUUCUUAACUUCAUGCUUUGUGAAAAUAUUUAUAUUUACAGUGUUUUAUUGAAGAAUAGGUUGUUGAGGACUAAGUGGGUAAUAUCCUACCAGCUGGCUGGUAUCUGCAUUGUUGCAAGCCAUAUGUUUGAUGGGUGAGAUUAUUUCCACAAUUAGUAAUAUAAUAUUAAUGUUUCGUUAGAGACCACUUACAAUAUAUAUAUUGUUUUUGCAAAUCUAUGCUCUAUAAAUCAUAGGAAGCUGGGAAUAUGCAGUUAAGGAAAAAAUGUGUGAUUGGUAAUCAAAAUUUUGUUUAACCAAAAUGAACAAGUGAGGGCCAUAAUUGAAAUAAAUUGCCUUGAUUUACUUUUGAGUACUGUAUUUGCAUAUAUAACCAUAGUAAUAUUUUAUCUUUUCACAUUUGUAUAAAUUUAAUUUGUAUAAUAUUUCAUGUCAGAUAUAAGCUUUAUUAAGUUAGAGGAUUUAUGCUAGAAAAUAUGACUGAAAAAUUUGGUAAAAUAAUUAACCUUUUGUAGUUGGCAUUUGUCCAAGGCCGGGACAACCUCCGCCUUCUUUCCUCUUUGUUGAUUUUAAAAUGAAUUCAUAAUAUACAUAAAUUUGAUAAAAUUGCAAAUAUAUUAUAUUUAAACUUUUACAUGAAGUGCAUUUUUAACUUGAAUAUUUACAUAAAGAUUCACGUUAAUUAUUUUGUAAUUGAGAGUUACUACUUGCCAUCUACAACUAACAAAUAGUUUAUGAAAAUUAUUAAUUUAUGCAAAUUUCUUUAAAUUUCUCUACUAUUAGAACUGUAUUUUCUUACUAAAUGAUCACUAAAUUCUAUAGCGGCAAGUGUACCUGAGGAUAAUGUGAUCAGACACUCCUGUGGAACAUCUACAUCAAUGACAUCCCCAGGUUAACACAAGGGGCAAGUGCCUGCGCACAUAUUUGUACACUGGCUUUUUCAAGAGACAAGAAAGAUGAUAUAAAUCACAAAUACAAAAUCUCUGAAACUAUUGUAACUUUGGGACAAUGAUAGCAAGUUAUUGUUGCCUCACAUAAACACAACUGGUGACCAUCUCCUUUGUAAAAUAAUUAUAUAUUGAGUCAUUUCUGGUUCAUCAUUUAAGGUUUGUAAAAAUAUUGUACUGUAUGUCACAGUUGCAACACCUUAUAAACUUUAUGGAUGGAGUCCAAAAGUGAAUAAUAUUCUAACAAUCCAUCCUCCUGUUUUGAAAAUACUGUACUUAUUGUAACUAUGUGGACCAUUGUACAUAUAUUGAUAUAAUGAUUAGAUAGAAUUUGGUACUACAGUAAUCACUUUAUAGUCGGGAAAAAUAAGGCAAAAACCAAACUAAAAUAUUCCAGGGCUUAGUAUAAAGCACAUGUACUGUAUUAUAGGUCUAGGUUGGUUAGGUUAGGGUUUAUUAGCAACAAAUACAAAAACUUUUCCUGUUUGUCCAAAUUCGAUAUUCCCAAAUUUCCUUACUUUCUAAUUACCAAUUACGACAAUAUAUGUACAAUGGUCCAUAUCGUUACUGUAAGUACUAUCCAAACAGGAGGAUGGGCUGUAUUCUAAAAUUAAUUCUUAAUUGCUUCCUUGGUGGCUUUUGAUUGUGGUUCUUUCUCCUACUUUUCCUCUCCAUUCUCAGAUUGUGUUACUAAGUCAGUUUACUCUGGGUUACUUAUGAGUUGAUAGAAUAAUAUGGUAGAGCACACUGCAAAGCCCCUUAGUACAUACAGCUUGUAGGCAAGACUUAAAACUGAACAGAAGUUUUACAUUUUUUAUAUACUGAGUUAUUAAGGUCUUUACAUAAUAUGUAGACAUAUUUGUAGCCUUCUCAAGCAUGUCUCUUUCUUCUGCUGGCUUUGUAGCCCUAAGAGAGCAAUGGGUCAUUAUUUCACCAAUAAAAGAAAGGCAAGUCAAAGUGUUUUCCAACCAUUAAGUUGUUUCUAAGAUGAUCAAAUUCCUUCACAAUAUCCUUAUUGUGAAGAAAGUCUCUGUAUAAAUAUUUGCAGUUCUGAAUGAUGACUUUGUCCAUGGGUUGGAUUAAGAAAGUAGUAUUACAAAUGAAAGGCUUGUACAGUAAGUCUCCUGGAGAAGCUUCUGCUGUGGACACCACUUAAUCCCUUCUGGGAGCCUUCCAUUAAGACAUUGGGGCUAUAUGACAUAUGAACCAGAAACAUUGCUAUUUGUUAGCUUAAAUAUGUCUGAAUGAGAUAGAUUAUUAUUAUUACCAUCACUACUCUCUGGCAGGCCAACCUUUAUGAGGUGAAUCUUUUCCUUGGAGAUAAAAUUCUGGUUAAACCACUUGAAAUCUGCUCCUGGUUAUCCAUAUACUUUAUUGAGCCUUAUAAAUCACAGGAAGAGACUUUGCCCUUUUCAGUGGCCUGGGCUGCAAGCUUAUUCCAUUCACCAAUACAGUAAUUUAAAUUUGAGUACCACAAGCACUGGCAUGAUCAACCAGGUAUCAACACAGUCUUUAUUGCCUGAGCUUUAUACCCAGCAGUUGGGGUCACUUUUACCACUAUAAACCAAAGGGUAUGAAAGUAACUUUUUCCCAGUACAAGCCUAUUUCAUGUGCAUUAAAAAACAUUAAAGUGAAAUUUUCAGUUUUUGCAAACAUGCACAAAUUUGUUAAUAUACCUGCACUAGCUGUAUUAGGACACUAGUUUUGCAGCUAUUUUAUUCAUAUAGCUGGGAAUUUUUACUCGUGGCAGCUCAUAAAACACUUUAACCAUCCAGUGUAUAAAUGAAUUCCUCAAGAAUGCUCAGUUUAGCAUGAAAUCACCUUCAUUUACAUGAGCAACCUUUGGUAUUUAUUAAAUUUCUCUUCAACUUCUGUUGUUGCUACUCUGAAGAUUGCUUAAGAUUUUAGUACACUUGUUGCAUUCUUUACUUUCAAGAUAUUUCAUUUUUGAUUUUAGUAAAGAAUUUAAAAGCUUUCCUCUACUCUAAACAGUAUUUUAAUGAUUUUCCUAUCACCUUGAGUUUAGUGACACUCAAACAUCUAGGUAUGCCAGUCUAGUUGGUUUUAUUUUCUUCAGUCUGCAUAUGUUUACUUGUUGACUAGCUGCUUUACAUAUAUCAAAUGACCAAUUUCAUAUAUUUUUGAGCUGACAUUUUAAAAGAAUGUUCCAUAGUUAUGUCAGUAAAUCUAGGGAUUCAAAGGGAUUCCCUCACAUCCUCAUCAGUCUCAAAACAAUGAAGAGGGAGAAUAGGACACCCCAUUAAAGUACAUGUGCAGAUUGAGUGCACAUGAGAACUUUUAGGUUGCACUAAUAUGCAGCGAAUUAGGAAAAUUGGCCGUCGUGGCUCAGAAGGAGCCAUUGCCACAUUGAUACAAAUACAACAAAAACUUUUCACAACCACCAUGUUGAUCUCUUGCUCAUUGAAAAUCUGUACUCAAACACUGCAUAUACUAUCAGAAUACAAUUUUGGGGACCAUUUGCAAAAAGUUAAACAAAAAUUUUGGUUUUGUACAGAACAUUGGACACUUGCGGCCAGGAAGAUUUUACUAUGAGACAUUUCAGUACAUAUCCUGCUUUAUGGACAAGAUAACGAUUUUAGUUUUAAAUUUUAUGCCCACACUAGCACAUGAAGUGGUCUGUCAUUAGUUACAAUUUCACAUACUGAUAUGAGAAACAUACACAAAGGGUUAAUUUGCUAUAAUAAAGUGACUCGACUCUAAGCUUUCAUACUAAUUCUUGUUACACCACUUUCCUCACUGUUUACUAUGCUGGACUCCAAUUUUUGUAUGUAUGUAUGUUUUAAUAAUAUCUGUUGUCUUCUGGGUAUAGAUUUGGUGAUAAUGUACCCCGUGUUCCCCCUUGUUCUAUUACUGUAUAUGUGAAUAUAUUAUGCUAGCUCACAGGAGUUACACACACACAUGCCUUGUCACUGGGACAGCAAAUACAGUACAUUUUUUCCCAGGAAGAUUCUGCUCUUCCAAAUGAUAGAUUGUAGUAUUUAAAAUGAAAUGUCUGCAAAUGAUUCCAUCUCUGAUGCACUUCCUAGUUAGGACUUGAAUGAGAUUCCAUUUUUGUGAAAAUAUUGUUAUAGUUUAUAAAAUACUGUACUUGAGAAUUGCAUCAGUAUGAAUUCAAUCAAAAGUUUGUAAGAAUUUGUUAAACUCGUGAAAGAAAUUAUUUUUGUUGGCUGUUGAAACAAUUUUGCAUCAUGUGCAUAUAUAAAUAUUAAUAAUAAUAUUGCAUUUGGAUACAUUUAUUGCACCAUGUUCAUGACAUUGUAAAUUUUAUUGAUGAUGUCUUUGUUGAAGUGCUGAAUUUAAGCUUGACUUAAAACAGUUUCCUCUGUUGACUUCCUGAUUUGAUGGUUAUAUCAUUGUUAACACUAAAUGAAAGUGAAAACGUUUUGUAAAAGUGAAAAAUUGUAUGUGUAUGCCUGUUGGAACGGCUGUUUACUAUCAGAGCAUAGUUUACAAAUGAACAAAUUUUAAUAAAAGAUCUUAAAUCC